AUGUGUGUGAGUUUGGGACACAAUAUCCCCAAAGAAGACGCAGAGCAGGCGGCAGAAGAGGAGGAAAUGGCCGUUUCUCAGGGACUGCUGACCUUACAGGAUGUGGCCAUAGACUUCACUCAAGAGGAGUGGGAAUGCCUGGACCUCAGUCAGCGGGACUUGUACAGGGACGUGAUCCUAGAGAACUACAGGAACCUGGCCGCUUUGGGACUUGUCGUCACUGGGCUGAAUCUGGUCACAUUUCUGGAGCAACUGAACGAUCCCAGGACUAUAAGGAGAAUAGAGACAACAGCCAUAUACCCAGGUGUGUCUCCACAAAACAGUGAUUUGAUGCCACAGAAACCAAGGAUAAAAGAUUUGUAUCCAAAAGCAAAUCUAGGAAUAUGUGAAACAUUUCACCUCAGAAAUUUCAAUUUAAUAAAACACUGGGAAUAUAGGAGGGCAUAUGAAAGACAGACAUGUUUAUAUGGACAUAAAGAAAUUGAGACAGUGACACAUAAGGCAAAUAUUGCAAAAAGAAAUGAGCAACAUGAGUCAAAUUGUGGAAAACACCAAUUUCACUCUUCAAUAUCUGCUGAGAAGUUUUUAAGAAAAGAUUCACCUUACCUUGAGAAACAUACAUGUUCUCUAAAAGGAAACGUGGUAUAUUUGGAAGGUGAUUUAGUCUCUACUGCAAAUACUCAAACAAUUCUGAACAUGGCCUUCAUUUAA